AUGGCCAUCUGUGUGAUGUGGGUCAGUAUGAGUGUGUGCUGGCAGCUGCCUGGCAUCCUGCUGCUGCUGGUUCUGACUGGGCUGGAUGGUUCUGAGGGGGCAGAGAAGCAGCAUGCAGACGGUUCUCCCGAGGAGCAGGGAGCUCGAAUUCGAGAACUGUGGAAGCUGCACAUGAAAGGAAAAGAUGUUCCUCCAGUGGCAGCCAGGUCCAAACAGCAGCUGCUCUACUGCCGGGUUGGGAUUGGCUUCCAUCUCCAGAUCCUGCCCAGUGGCCUGGUGGGAGGUGUCCACGAACCCACCAAAUACUGUUGGUUCAGAGUAUGUGCAGUGGAGCCUGGAGUUGUGGCGGUCCGAGGGGUGGACAGUGGCAUGUACCUCUGCAUGAGCGCAGAAGGACGGUCGUAUGGAGCGGAGAAGUUCUCCAAAGACUGCAUGUUGAAGGAGAACCUGGAGGAGAACCACUACAACACCUACUCCUCUGUGACCCACCCACAUGUCUACCUGGCCCUCUCUCACAUGGGAAACCCGAAGAGGGCAGUGAGCCACCACCAGGCCUGCACUCACUUCCUGCCCCGGAGGUCUCUCUGA